CUUCCAAAUGGACAUUUCACCUGUCCAGGCUAACAAGGUUACACAGAAAAACGAAGGUUGCGUUGGAUCCAAGGGAAGCAACCACACGUCCCCACAGUCCCAACCAGAGACAAGAGAGAAGAGAAAGAGAGAAGGGCCUAAGAGACUAGCAAUUAAGCAAUUCGCACCAAAACCACGAGAUCGAGCUGGUGCUAAAUCCAGGUGGAGAAAGCGGAGUUUAAUGGUGAUUGAGACGUGGCCGCGGUGAUUCUGGGGAGUCACAGUGGGGAGCAAGAACGGAGUGGAUCGGAUGGACAAGGACAAGAGCCGUACCGAUCUGCUCGCUGCCGGCCGUAAAAAGCUUCAACAAUUUCGUCAGAAGAAGGAUAAAGGCAGUGGAAGCCAGGGAAAAUCCACGAAAAAGUCUGGAAAAUCAGAGCAGCAUGGGGCUGUUGCUGAUGCAGUCUCAACUGCAACUAAACCUGCAGCAUCCAUGAAGUCUGGAAAAUCAGAGCAGCAUGAGGCUGUUGCUGAUGCGGUCUCAACUGCAACUAAACCUACAGCAUCGUCUCAGGUCCAUGACGGAGAAAUUAAGUCUGCUAUAGGUUCUAAUUCAGGAACUGUCAACACAUCAGAGUCAAAUUCUGUAGAGAAUUCUGCAGACUCUGACACUAGUGUAGCUGUUGCUGGUCCCUCGGCAGUGCUCAUUACACAGGAGAAAAGUGUGGUUGAAACCGAAUUGGGGGAAAAUGCCGAAUCGCCAUCAGAGGAGGUGGGGGUUAGUAAGCGUGAUGCUGACUCUUCUGUUCAGAUUGAAGGUGAGAGUACUGGGACUGCUGAUGCUGAGGUGGCAAGAGACAUUUCAUUGGACACUUCACAUACAGUGGAUUCUGGGGGAGAAGCCAAGAAUUCAAAGAUGUCUAUACAGGUUGAUGUAUCAGCGCAACAUCCUUCAGUUGAUAUUACAGACGGGAUGUCCGUUACUGUUGAAUCAGAGAUUCCAAGUAGGGAAAAGGAGUCAUUGCCUUCAGUGGAAAAUAUUAAUACAUCCUUAUUGCAGGAGAGGGAAGAUCAUGUAACAGAUGAAGAAUUACAGCAGUUAAAUGCCUUGUCUCUCCAGCGUGAAAGUGAAAUCAUUGUUCCAAGGGAAAGUUUAGCUGUUGUUGGUCCCUCGGCAGUGCCAAUUACAGAGGAGAAAAGUGUGGUUGAAACCGAAUUGGAGAAAAAUGCCGAAUCGUCAUCAGAGGAAGUGGGGGUUAGUAAGCGUGAUGCUGACUCUUCUGUUCAGAAUGAAGGUGAGAGUACUGGGACUGCUGAUGCUGAGAUGGCAAGAGACAACUCAUUGGGCACUUCACGUACAGUGGAUUCUGGAGGAGAAGCCGAAAAUUCAAAUGUGUCUAUACAGGUUGAUGAAUCGGCCCAACAUGCUUCAGUCGAUAUUACAGAGGGGAUGUCCGUCACCGUUGAAUCAGAGAUUCCGAGUAGAGAAAAGGAGUCAAAGCCUUCACGGGAAAAUAUUAAUACAUCCUUAAUGCAGGAGAGGGAAGAUCAGGUAACAGAUGAAGAAGUACAGCAGUUAAAUGCCUUGUCUCUCCAGCCUUGUCUCUCAACUGCAACUAAACCUACAGCAUCGUCUCGGGUCUGUGAUGGAGAAAUUAAGUCUGUUGUAGGUUCUAAUUCAGGAAUUGUCAACACAUCAGAGUCAAAUUCUGUAGAGAAUUCUGCAGACUCUGACACUAGUGUAGCUGUUGCUGGUCCCUCAGCAGUGCCCAUUACACAGGAGAAAAGUGUGGUUGAAACUGAAUUGGAGAAAAAUGCCGAAUCACCAUCAGAGGAAGUGGGGGUUAGUAAGCGUGAUGCUGACUCCUCUGUUCAGAAUGAAGGUGAGAGUACUGGGACUGCUGAUGCUGAGGUGGCAAGAGGCAUUUCAUUGGACACUUCACAUACAGUGGAUUCUGGAGGAGAAGCCAAGAAUUCAAAGAUGUCUAUACAGGUUGAUGUAUCAGCGCAACAUGCUUCUGAUAAUAUUACAGAGGGGAUGUCCGUUAUUGUUGAAUCAGAGAUUCCACGUAGUGAAGAGGAGUCAUUGCCUUCACAGGACAAUAUUAAUACAUCCUUAAUGCAGGAUAGGGAAGAUCAGGAAGAAGUACAGCAGUUAAAUUCCUUGUCUCUGGGGAAUGCUGAUGCCACCUCUGGGGAAUUGAAACAUCAGAAUGAGGCCUUAGAAGAAUAUAGCAAGAAACUGGAAGCAACAAACAUUGAGCUCAGGGUCCUAUAUGAAGCUUUAGAAGAACAUAGGGGAAGCAUUGAAUCUAGGAACUGUGAGCUUUCGAUUCUCUGCGAAUCCUUACAACUAGAAGUCACUAAUCUUAAAGUAGAAAACGUGGAAGUUGACAGAAAACUACAUGCGUAUGAGGCCACCUCUGGGGAGUUGAAGGAUCAGAAUGAGGCCUUAGAAGAAUAUAGUAAGAAACUGGAAGCAACGAAUAUUGAGCUCAGGGUCCUAUAUGAAGCUUUAGAAGAACAUAGGGGAAGGAUUGAAUCUAGGAACUGUGAGCUUUCGAUUCUCUGCGAAUCCUUACAACUAGAAGUCACUAAUCUUAAAGUAGAAAACGUGGAAGUUGACAGAAAGCUACAUGUGUAUGAAUCAAGAACUAGUAAAUUGCAGAGUCAAUUGCAUGAUCUACAUCUAAUUUCAAAUGUUAUGGUAUCUCAGAUCUCUGAGCAGUUGGAAAAUUUUUACAAGGAAGCAGCUGAGAAAGUUUUGAUACUUGAGCGCCAUUGGAAUUCAACUAUUGAUCCGGUUCUUGAAGCAACUGGGAAGCUUGAUGAAUCUCUUGGUAGGGUCAACAUGACUACAGCAGUCUCUCAUGAUUCUUUGGACAGAAUUAGCUAUUCUGUUGCUUCUGUUUAUGAUGCCAUCAGUUUUAUUCAAGAUCUGAAGGACAAACUUGAAAGUUCUCAAACAGAACAUGAAGCAGUCUUUACUUUAUACAAAGAAGCGAAUGAGAAAUGUGAUGAUCUGCAUGGAAAGAAUCAAAUGGCCAGUGAUUUGUUGCAGAAGUUGUAUGGCGACCUUUCUAAACUUCUCACGGUUUUGCAUGGGUCUACAGAUGAAAGUGAUAUGUACUUGGAACCUGAGAAGCUUCCUGAUCCUCUAGAUUACAGUAAUUAUGAGAUCAUCAUAGAACAUGUGGAAUCUUUUUUGAGGGGGAGUCUGCAACUUGAAUCUGUUAACAAGAAACUAAAUUCAGAGUUGAUGGCUAGCGCUGAAGAAGUUGAGGAACUGAAACAAAGAUGCCUUGAUUCUAAUGUUCUGCAGAAGUUAAUAGAAAAUGUUGAAGGGGUGCUGAAAGUGGAACAUGCUGAGUUUCAAUUGGAUAAAACGCCUGCUUCACGUCUUGAAUCACUGGUGUCAUGUCUUGUUCGGAAAUGCGAGGAGGCUGACGUGCAGCUAAGCUUAUCUAAGGAAGAUUCUGGAUCUAAGGUGGUGGAGCUGACUUUAAUGCAGGAAGAAGUACAGCAGUUAAAUGCCUUGUCUCUCCAGCAUGAAAGUGAACUCAUUGUUCUAAGGGAAAGUUUACAUCAGGUGGAGGAAGCACUUCUUGUUGCUCGUUCUGAGAUAGAAGGGAAAGUAAAUGAACUUGAACAGUCAGAGCAACGGGUGUCUUCCCUUAGAGAGAAGCUUACCAUUGCUGUCACCAAGGGGAAAGGUUUGAUUGUGCAGCGAGAUGGUCUGAAGCAGUCCCUUAACGAGAAAUCUGUUGAACUGGAAAGAUUCUCACAGGAACUGCAAAUGAAAGAUGCAAGGCUUCUUGAGAUUGAAACAAAACUUAAGGCAUAUUCAGAGUCAGGUGAGCGGGUGGAAGCUCUGGAAUCUGAGCUUUCAUAUAUUCGCAAUUCGGCUACUGCAUUAAGAGAAUCAUUCCUUCUCAAAGAUUCUGUCCUUCAGAGAAUAGAAGAGAUCUUGGAAGACCUUGAUCUGCCAGAGCAUUUUCAUUCAAGAGAUAUUAUUGAGAAGAUUGAUUGGCUGGCUAGGACAGCUACCAGUAACACUUUUCCUGUGACUGAUUCAGAUCAGAGGAGUUCUGCCGGUGGAGUUUCGUACUCUGAUGCUGGUUUUGUUGUUAUGGAUUCCUGGAAAGAUGAUGUACAACCAAGUUCAAAUUCAAGUGAGGAUAUCAAAAGAAAAUAUGACGAACUUCAGAGUAAAUUUUAUGGGUUGGCUGAACAGAAUGAAAUGUUGGAACAAUCUUUAAUGGAAAGGAACAACAUAGUACAGAGAUGGGAGGAAAUUUUGGACAGAAUCGACAUGCCAUCACAUCUGCGAUCUGUGGAGCCAGAGGAUAGGAUCGAUUGGUUAAGUAAAGCACUUUCAGAAGUGCAGGAAGACAAUAUGUCUCUCCAGCAGAAGGUUGUUAACCUUGAAAACCAUUGUGUAUCACUAACUGCUGAUUUGGAAGACUCGCAAAGGAGAGUGUCUGACCUUGAGGCAGACCUUCAAACAUUUGUCCAUGAGAGAGAUCAUCUUUCUGAAAGAUUGGAGACUCUGGUCAAUGAUCAGGAGAAGCUUUCAACAAAGGCAGUUGAAUUUGAGCUUGAGAAUGAAAAGCUGCAGAAGGAAGUCACUGAUUUGCAAGAAAAUGUAGCCAAGAUGCAUGGAAAUGAGAAUCAAAUUCUCAGCAUAGAAGCUGACUUAAGAAGAUUACAGAGUUUGGUUACUGAUGCCUUGGAGGUCUCUGGAUCAAAGUAUGAGUAUUCUGGUGAUAGUAGCAUUGAGUGCUUGGAAGGGUUACUGAAUAAGCUUUUAGAGAGUUAUGCAACUCUUUCCUCAGGAAAACCUAUAGAAGCUGACUUAAGAAGAUUACAGAGUUUGGUUACUGAUGCCUUGGAGGUCUCUGGAUCAAAGUAUGAGUACUCCGGUGAUAGUAGCAUUGAGUGCUUGGAAGGGUUACUGAAUAAGCUUUUAGAGAGUUAUGCAACUCUUUCCUCAGGAAAACCUGUGCAUGGGGGUGCAGCUGAAGGUCUCCAUACUGAAUAUACUGAUGCAACAGUUGUUGGAUCAAGAAGCCUAAAUAUACUUGAUUCCCAGGAAUCAGAUAUAGAUGUUUUGAAGAAAGAGUUGGAGGAUGUUCAACAUGAACUUUUAAAUGUGAAGGAGGAGAGGGAUGGAUAUCUAGAGAAGCAACAGUCUAUGGCUAGUGAAUUUGAAGCAUUACAUAACAAAGUGAAUGAGUUGCAAGGGCUUCUUAAUCAAGAGGAGAAGAAGUCAGCUUCUGUUAGAGAGAAGUUAAAUGUUGCAGUCAGAAAAGGGAAGUCUUUGGUACAACAGCGUGACAGUCUGAAACAAUGUAUUGAUGAGGUCAACUCUGAGGUGGAACGUUUGAGAUCAGAGAUCAAGACGGGGGAAGUUAAAAUUGCAGAGUAUGAACAAAACUUCAGGGAUUUGUCUACUUACCCUGGUAGGGUAGAAGCCUUAGAAUCUGAGACAUUGUUCUUGAGGAAUUGUUUGAAUGAAACUGAGCAGAAUUUGCAGCAGAAAGCAAAUACUUUGAGCAUGAUUGUAAAUAUCUUAGACAACAUUGAUGUAGGAGGCAAUUUCAAUUCUCGUGAUCCAGUUGUGAAGUUGGAACAAAUUGGGAAAAUGUGCUUUGAUUUACGCACAGAUGUAGCUUCUUCUGAGCAAGAGACUAGGAAAUCCAAAAGAGCAGCAGAGCUACUCCUUGCAGAACUGAAUGAGGUUCAAGAGAGGAAUGACGGUCUCCAGGAAGAGCUAGCAAAAUCUGCCGAUGAAAUUUCUAUACUCUCCAAGGAAAGGGAUCUUGCUGAGGCUGGCAAGCUUGAAGCUGUUUUAAGUCUUGAAAAGUUAUCUACUGCUCACUCCGAGGAAAGAAACCAAUUUUCUGAAUUUGCAGGACUGAAAUCUGGUGUAGAUCAACUCAGGAAGGGUUUCCAUGAUAUUAGCAAUUCAUUGGCUGGUCUUUUUUACAAUGACUUGGAAUUUUUGAAAAACUUGGAGUCUGGUAUUGACUCAUGUCUCAACUUGAAUAGUGCUAAUGUGGUUGAUGUGCACCCCUUCACUGCAGCUGGUGGAUUUCUAUUGAGCAAAUCAGAUAAGGUUAACUCUAUUUCAAUUAAUUCUUGGUCAGACCCCGAGACGCAUGGACAUUUUGGUGACAGUUUUGCCAUCGAAACCUUUACAUACAUAACACAUUAUGUGCAAGAGCUCAUGACGGAGAUUGGUGUGCUUAAAGAAAAAUUAGAUGAACACUCAAUGUCUUUGCAUGAAAAAUCUAGCAGUGUAUCCAGAUUGGUGGCAAUUGUUCGUGGAGAGAUAAGUUCCAAAAAUGAGUCGUUUGAAGCCUUGAGGAGAGACUUUUUGCAGAUGGAAAUGGUCAAAAAGGAAAAGGACAAGGAACUUCUUGUCUUGCAUAGAAAUGCUGCCUUGCUUUUUGAAGCAUGCACUAGUUCUGUUGUGGAAAUAAAUAGAAGAAAAGCUGAAUUGGUGGGAAAUAGUUGGGUUGUUGGAGAUCUGGGAAUGACAUCAAAAACAGCAGAAUUGCCCGCUUUCAGGGGAGAGGGUGAGCUGUACUCUGAGGAAUCUGUUAGGUCUGUGGCAGACAGGCUUUUGUCGGCUGCUAGUGAUUUUGCUACUCUGACAGCUGAAAUAGUUGAAGGCAGCCAAAAGGAAAUGAAGCUUACCAUUUCAAAUUUGCAGAAAGAGCUUCAGGAGAAGGACGUUCAAAAGGAGAGGAUUUUCAUGGAGCUUGUAAGUCAAAUCAAGGAGGCUGAAGCUACUACAAGCAGCUAUUCAGUGGACCUUGAAUCUUCAAAAACCUUGGUGCAUGAUUUGGAGAAACAGUUGGAAGCGAUGAAAGGUGAACGCAACCUACUUGAGCAGAGAGUAAAGGAGCUAGAAGAUGGCCAUGCCUCCUCUGACGAGUUACAACAGAGGGUCAGAUCACUAACGGAUGUGCUUGCUGCCAAAGACCAUGAAAUUGAGGAGCUAAUCCAAGCACUUGAUGAGGAGGAGGUACAGAUGCAAGGUAUCACCUUCAAGAUCAAGGAACUGGAAAAGAUCGUUGAACAAAAAAACCUAGAUUUAGAGAACCUUGAAGCUUCUCGUGGCAAGGUGAUGAAAAAGCUCUUCGUCACUGUGAAUAAGUUUGACGAGCUGCAUCAUCUAUCUGCAAGCCUCCUUGCGGAAGUUGAAGAACUGCAGUCACAGUUGCAAGAUCGGGAUGCAGAGAUUUCUUUCUUAAGGCAAGAGGUCACUAGGUGCACCAAUGAUGUUCUGGUUGCAUCACAAGUCAGUAAGAAGGGAAAUUCAGAUGAGAUCCACGAGUUAUUAACAUGGUUUGAUAUGAAUGUUGCUCGAUUUGGGGUGCACAGUCAGUAUGUUGAAGAUAAGAACAACAGUGACAUCGCUGAACAAAUGGAAGUACUCAAGAAGACAGUUGAUUCUAUUUUAUCAGAAUUGGGGGAUCUACGGGCUGCUGCUCAAAGCAGAGAUAUAUUGUUGCAAGAAGAAAGGACUAAGGUAGAAGAAUUAACACGCAAGGGUCAGACUCUUGAGAAGUGUUUGCGGGAGAAGGAAUCACAAUUAAAUCUGCUUGAAGGUGUGGAAGAUGGCCAGGCAACUAGCUUGACCUCGGAGAUUCAUGAAGUUGAGCCUGCGAUAAACAAAUGGGCAGCAUCUGGUUCCUCCCUUGCAUCGCAAGUCCGCAGUUUGCGCAAAGGCAAUAGUGAGCAAGUUGCAAUUGCCAUAGAUAUGGAUCCUGGGAGCACUAGUAGAUUGGAAGAUGAAGAAGAUGAUAAGGUUCAUGGUUUCAAGUCGCUCACUACAUCAAGAAUGGUUCCUAGAUUUACAAGACCUCUGACUGACAUGGUUGAUGGCCUCUGGGUUACUUGUGAUCGGACUUUAAUGCGACAACCAAUUUUGCGGCUUGGUAUCAUAUUCUAUUGGGCUUUUCUGCAUACGCUUCUUGCUAGUCUUGCAAUUUGAAAAGCUGAAUGGGUUCACAUUUGGUUUUAGCGCGAGAUGGACUUGGGGUCCCGAUUAUGUUAUUAUUGGGUAUUAAGUGGAGCUUAAUCUGCUUUUUUGUCUUUCCUAUAGAUGGGGUUAGAGAUAGAUUUAUUAUUCUCAACCAGGCAACUCAGAUUCCCAUAUUUUUAUCUGAAGGAAUCCUAGAAGCUUGGUUGCAUCUAAUAAGGAAAAGAGAUUCAUGAUAGGGCAACAUAGAUCUUUUGUUUACCCAAAACUCAACCAAAGGUUGUACAUCAUAGCUGUAAUUAUUUAGGUUCUCCACAAAUUUAGAGAGAAUUUAGUAAAACAAGCUCCGGUGCAGCGUUUUGUAUGGUUAUUACUUGUGUAAAAGGUCGGCAUGUGUUAAUGCUUUCACCCAGUUCUACAAGCAGGUAUAGAAUCGAACCAAUUGGUUUUGUUGUUGGUUUUGAAUCAA